GAGAGAGAAAGAAAGGGCGGGUGAGGAAAGGGCAGGGGCUUCACUGAGAGGCUAUUGCCGCUUUGCUUUUGCUCAUUGGCAUAUUAUUCUCUCUUUAUUAUUUUUAUUUCCUUGGAAGCUACUUUUCUUCACUUUAUAUCUGUACUUUACUUUGUUCCCCGUUUCUCUUCUGCUGCUGCUUCUUCUUCUUCUCCUUCUCUUCCUACUACUACUACUACUUCUUCCUACUUCAACUUCUUCUUUGUUUUAACUUCUAUCUUAACUAUUUUCUCUCUUUCCCAACGCUUAAGAACAAUGGCAGAAAUGAUCCAUCCUCCCAUGGACCAGCUGCAAGACCUUGAAUACUGCAUAGACUCUAACCCUCCUUGGGCUGAAACCAUCCUAUUAGCAUUUCAGAACUACAUCCAGAUGUUGGGUACAAGUGUAAUGAUCCCUUCAUUGCUCGUCCCAGCGAUGGGUGGAAGCGAUGGAGACAAAGCACGGGUAAUACAGACUUUGCUCUUUGUAGCUGGCAUUAACACACUUCUCCAAGCACUCUUUGGAACAAGGUUGCCAGCAAUUCUUGGAGGCUCUUAUGCUUAUGUCAUCCCAAUAGCCUAUAUAAUAAAUGACUCAUCAUUGCAACGGAUUAGCGAUCGACAUGAAAGAUUUGUACAAACGAUGCGAGCUAUCCAAGGAGCUCUUAUUGUAGCCUCAAGCAUACAAAUCAUCCUGGGAUACAGCCAAGUUUGGGGUCUCUUUUCACGGUUUUUCAGUCCACUUGGUAUGGCACCAGUGGUUGCAUUGGUAGGCUUGGGAUUGUUUCAGAGAGGAUUUCCUUUGUUGGGAAAUUGUGUGGAAAUCGGGUUGCCAAUGCUGUUAUUGGUGAUUGGGGUGUCACAAUAUCUAAAGCAUGUGAGGCCAAUAAGAGAUGUCCCUAUUUUCGAAAGGUUUCCUGUGUUGAUCAGUGUUGCAAUCAUAUGGAUCUAUUCCCUUAUUCUGACUGCCAGUGGGGCUUACCGUGACAAGCCAAAUGAUACUCAACAUAAUUGCCGUACUGACAGAGCAAAUCUCAUAUCUUCUGCUCCAUGGUUCAAGUUCCCAUAUCCUCUUCAGUGGGGCCCUCCUACAUUUUCAGCUGGUCAUUCCUUUGCUAUGAUGUCUGCAGUUCUAGUGUCUAUGGUUGAGUCCACCGGCGCAUACAAGGCAGCAUCUCGAUUGGCUAUUGCAACUCCACCUCCAGCUUAUGUAUUAAGCCGUGGCAUUGGCUGGCAGGGGAUUGGCAUCUUGCUUGAUGGUCUAUUUGGAACAUGCACUGGUUCUACUGUUUCUGUGGAAAAUGUGGGACUCCUUGGACUAAGCCGAGUUGGAAGUCGCAGAGUUGUUCAGUUAUCUGCUGGCUUCAUGAUAUUUUUCUCAACCUUAGGAAAAUUUGGAGCUGUGUUUGCAUCCAUACCCUUCCCAAUAUUUGCUGCACUGUAUUGUGUUCAAUUUGGCCUUGUGGCUUCAGUUGGAUUAUCAUUUCUUCAAUUCACAAACAUGAACUGCAUGAGAAACCUCAUUAUUACAGGGCUAUCGCUCUUCCUUGGAAUUUCCAUCCCACAAUUCUUUAAUGAAUACUGGAAUCCAACACACCGGGGUCUUGUUCACACUAAUGCAGGAUGGUUCAAUGCAUUUCUGAAUACCAUAUUCUCAUCUCCGGCAACAGUUGGCCUGAUCAUCGCCGUGUUUUUGGACAAUACGCUAGAGGUGGAAAAAUCGAAGAAAGACCGAGGGAUGCCAUGGUGGGUAAAGUUCAGAACAUUUAGAGGAGACAACAGAAAUGAGGAAUUCUACACCUUGCCGUUCAAUCUCAACAGGUUCUUCCCACCAACGUAGUAGAGAGUUCAACGUCAGGCAAAAAUCAAGCUCAUUUCCGGAUUUUUAUCAGUUUUUAUAGAUAAUGUUCAUGUGCGAAGAAAGAUGAUAUUCGUAUGAGAAACAUUUUGCUAGAUGGUAUUCGUAUCAGUCUUCACUGUGAUUCCAAUUCUUUUUGUGGGCCCGUUGUAAGGGGGAGGUCCAGGGUAGGGUUGUAGAGCAUUCUAUCUCUGCUUCUUGUAGAUGGCAAUAAUAAAGAAAGGAAAUCGGUUGAUUUUGA